UGUCCAGCACAUCUUCAGGUCUCCUUGUAGGCAGCCUAAGUUUCCGCGUCCGAUUAGCAUUGGGCUUAGCUUGUAAUGGAACUGAAGAUGUAACUGCCAUGGGCAAUAAAAGAAAAUUUCAGCCUAAGCUUUCUAAAUGACAGCUGCAGUUAUCCCACGGGAAGUGCCUAUAUUUACACUGACAAGAACUGCACGUUCCCAACAACCCAGAUUCGUCACUUGCCUUUUCCUCGUACCUCUGUCUCUUUCUCUGUCUCUGUCUCUCUCCAUCCAUUGUCCCUAAAACUGAUAACCGGCCCUUGGCUCUGUACAUAAAAUUUUUGUUUCGGAUUCGCUCUGCUCAUCGCAUCUGUACAGACAAAGGAUGGCGCUUCAGAUCCGCGCAGAGAAGAUGGAGCUGCGUCAGCACUACAGGAAUGUUUGGCACACGGAUCUCACGGGCGCCAUCAGCGCCGAUUUCCCUUAUUGUUGCUUUGCAGGGUUGUGUGGUCCGUGUGCUUCAUAUAUGCUGCGCAAGCGAGCUCUUUACAAUGAUAUGUCAAGGUAUACAUGCUGUGCUGGCUUUAUGCCAUGCAGUGGUAGGUGUGGAGAAAGCCGGUGCCCUGAAAUUUGUCUUUGCACUGAGGUUCUCUGUUGCUUUGCGAACUCAGUUGCCUCAACCCGGUUCCUUUUGCAAGAUGAAUUCAACAUACAGACAACGCAGUGCGAUAACUGCAUUAUUGCAUUCAUGUUCUGCCUCCAACAAUUGGCGUGUAUAUGUUCCUUGGUUGCUUGUUUGACUGGAAGUGAGGAAAUUGAAGAUGCUUCGCAGUGCUUGUCUUGCUUAUCUGACAUGGUUUAUUGCACGGUGUGUGCUUGUAUGCAGACCCAACAUAAGAUUGAAAUGGACAAGAGAGACGGUAAGUUUGGGCAACAAACUGGAAUGGUUGUGCCUCCGGUGCAGCAGAUGUCACGGAUCAAUCAGCCAGUUCCUCCUUCGGCUGGACACCCACCGCAUCCAGCUUAUGGGCCGCCACCUUAUGGAUAUCCCCCUCCUCCACAAGUUCAAGGUCAUCCACCUCCAGGACAUCCACCUGCUGCUUAUUAUCCUCCUCCAGGACAUCCACCUGCAGCUUAUCCUGAUCCAGGACAUCCCAAAUGAAGAACCAGUGCAACUUUCUGGUGAAAUACUAUUCAACAUGUGCAUCUCAUUAUUUCAAAGAAGUGAUUGUACAACAACAGCAUUAACCACACAUUUCCUAACUUUUGGUGCUAUAGAUGGAAGACAUUAGCCGAUGGAUAACUAUAUUACCCACGCGCGCACGUGUUUUCCCUGACAUUAAGUGAAUGCAGUAAUAGACAAAUAAUCUUUUUAUUAUCUA